ACUAUAGUAACUAAACAUCACCAGCGUUGUGAAAGCAAAGAUGGGUAAAAAUUUAUAAAAAAUUAUGCCGUUUGCUUGUCUCACUUCGCCUAAGAUCUUCAAAUAUAUUGUUACUUAAGCCUUUCUGGGGUAUUUUACAUACAAUAUGAGCACGAAAUGUGUGAAAAUGUGCCGGAAUGGAGACGGCUUUUUUCCUCCUGUAAAUGUUGUUGUAAAUCCGAGGGAUAUUCGUAGUAUGGACGCGUUUCUUGAUCGAGUAACACAGGCUACAAGAAUGAGAAAUGCAGCGAGGAAAGUUUGUACACCAAAAAAAGGACAUAAAAUUGAAGAUCUUACUAAACUUAUAUCUGGUGAAACGUACGUUGCUGUCGGGCAAGAAGCAUUUAAAUGUUUAAAGUACGAAAAUAUACGAAUUCAUAGGCCGGUCAUACAACAUCGUCAAGUAAAGAUUGAACCUGUAAAACACAGCAGAAUUGUAAUAUCUGCAAGAUGUCGGAAAGUUGCCCUCUGGGAAUCAUCUGGCCUAAAGACAAUAUAUGUGUAUCGUAAUGGUGAUGAUAAAAAUCCAUCUCAUAAAGUUCUUUUGGAUCGUAGAACUCUACUGAAUAUGGACAAGGUUUUGGAGCUUGUAACAGACAGAGUUAAAUUAGAAAGUGGAGCAGUUCUUGCUCUUUAUACAAUGUCAGGAAAGGAGAUUUACAGAACUUUGGAUUUGAUCAGUGGAAAUAAGUAUGUUGCUGUUGGCCAUGGAAAGAGAUUUAAGAAAACUGCCUACAAUGAUAACAAAAAGAUUUCUCCCAACAAUUCACCACGAAGAGCCAAAUUCCUAUACAGGGAUGGACUUUAUGAACAAAAAAGAAUUUUUGUUUUACCAUCAAAAACAGAGAACAAGGAACUUGCACAAAAGCCACAAACUAGAAAAGAGGAUAAUUCUGAAAAAAGGUCUUUGGCGUUACCAACAAAAACUGAAGAAAAUGAGUUCGUAUCACAGUCACAAAGAGAGAAAGAGAUCAAAAGUAAAACUGAGAACAUAUCUCGUAAAGACAGAACGGUUGAACGUUCAAUAAAGAAAGAUAAACAUGAUGGAAUUGAGGAGUCGGUAAAUGCUGCAGGCCUACAUAAAACUCAGAGCAUGUCACCAAAAAAUUCAAAUGCAGACUGUGGAGACAAAGUAAAAACGGUUGAGUCGUUUGAAGGAGUAUAUAAAGCAAGUGGAGCUCGAAGUGAAAAGGCAAGACCAGUUGAUGACGAUAAAGAAGUUAAAAUUGAAAAGCCAUUAGAUCAAAUAACUGCUCAACAAGUCACAGAAGAAGUCAUUGAAGGAGACAUAUAAACAUUUCAAAAUGAUAUUCAUGUAAAAUCUUCGACAGAAAAAUGACGACAAAAGCGUAGCAACACCAUUGAUAAUGAAGAAGAAUAUGUUUCUGUCUUAUGCAACACAAAUAUUCGUUCCUAGUUUGUCGUACACAAUGAAAUAAAGCAAUGAUCUUUACUCAAAGUGUUUCACAAAUUAACAAUGUUACGAUAUAUUUGUAUCGCUAGAGAAUGAAUAAAUACGAAAAAAUAUCAAA